UCCGCAUUCUCAUUCUUCCUCGGCGGCGAGGGGAGUUUCUUCUUCCCUUCCUUAACUUCCUCCGCCGUCACCAUAACCACGACGAACAACCGUCAGAAUUUAUAAUAGUUUUACAAUUUUAUUAAAUACUAUGAGUAGAGAGGAAAUAGUGUUACAAGGUGGAGGAUUAGUUUGCGAAAACGACUUUUCAGAUCAAGAAGAGGUUUCACCGGAAAUUUCCGAUCAGAAACCGACAUUUGCGUUGAAAAAAAGGAAACGUUUAAUUAGGCAGCGAUCUAUGUGUGGUACUCCUGGUGACAUGGCCUGGGAGAGAAGGAGGCGACAAAAUCAACGAAGAAGGAAUAGCGUUCACGAUUGUAACGACGAAGAUUUGCACGAGCUUAGAGGUUGUAUUGAGUUAGGGUUUGGUUUCAAUGAAGAAGAUGGACAGAAGCUUUGUAAUACGCUGCCAGCGCUUGAUCUGUAUUUUGCAGUUAAUAGAAACCUGUCUCCGAGUCCGGUAUCCUCCCCUACACCUAUACAUACGCCUUACCGUGUUUCCCAGAGCCUCGCAUCUUCGACUAUUGCCAGUCCUACCGGAAGUUUGAUUGAUUCUGAUGCUUGGAAGAUUUGUAAUCCAGGGGAUGAUCCGGCUCUUAUUAAAAUCAAAUUAAGGCACUGGGCUCAGGCGGUUGCUUGUUCAGUAAUGCAAUCUCAUUGAUGAAUUCAAGUGUGUACAUCUUAUAUAUAGUUUGCUUUUUCUUUUGUACAGAGGGAGAGAAGUUCUCAUUCUAAUUUAAAAAGUUUUAAAAAAUACCAAAAGAUCUAAAAGGAAGAAAAAAAAGUGCUAAUGUUAGAGGAUUUUGGUUGAGGCUGAACAAACACUUUGGUUGGCUCCAAUUUGUAAAUAGGUUAGAAGGUUAUGGUGUUAUCAAAUAUUUCUCCAUUUUCUUCUACCUUUUUCCUUCUUUAUAUGUAUUUUUUUUUCAAUUGGAUGUGGAACUAUCUCUCUAAGAAGCUACUUCAUGAAAACAAUUUUGAUUUGAGCCUCAUGGCAAAUACUUCUUGUAUAUUGUAAUAAUAAUAAUUAUAAUAAUAAUGAUAAUAUCAACAUGUGAUCACUUGAGCAAGGGAUUUUAA